AUGGGGAAGGCAAAAUAGUUUUAAAAAUUGUAGCCAGUUUGCUGAAACAUAUCUCUCUCCAAACUGUAUGCCAAGCGUUUAAUUCAAUAUUGCUGUAUUGAAAUGAACUGAGAGCAUUUCUUAAAUAUACUUUGAUCUGUUAUGAGGCAUGAGAUAUUUUGCAUUCAUUUAUUUACAACAUUAAUAUUGCUUUGUGCCAUUAAUGUAUAGCACUUAAACUGAAGUUACAUUUUCACCAAACGUACCCAUGCCUCCAUUUUCAAACCGCUAGUCCUGGUCUGGGUUGUGGGUCUAAUACCCACUGCUCUUUUUAUAUGUAAUAAUUAUGCCAUAAGACCAGGUGAUACAGGAGAAGGGAAUGGAGACACUGAUUAUGCGGGAACGGGUUUAGCAGAGACGCGGGCUAGUGAAUCCUGAGGAGUUAUAGAAGAAUCUCCCGAAUCAGAGACAGGACACUGCAGUCCUGGUCUGCUGGUCAUCGUCUCCCUCUAUACACAUGCUACAUUUUUGAUUCAUUGUUUUUGUACGAUUAAAGAAAUUUGCCUAAUGAGCCACGGCUGGAAGUGGUAGCAAAAGAAAAAGAAAAAUUUUCCAGAAAUCUUGCGUCUCUGUAAGAACAAUUCAGAGCUGAGUGCCUUGUGAGCUCAGCCCUGUGCCAGACUGCGCAGUUUACAGAAGGUUAAUAGUUACUCCAGCACUAAUAUUGCAUUUGGACAGCAGUGGCUUCUCUGGACUGACUGAUAACAUGCACCUGUCUGAAAAAGUGAAAAAUGGGAGAUUGGACUUUUUUGGGCCGUUUGCUGGACAAGGUGCAGACCCACACCACGGUCAUCGGGAAGGUCUGGCUCACCGUCCUCUUCGUCUUCAGGAUCCUGGUCCUGGGGGCGGGAGCCGAGAGGGUGUGGGGGGAUGAACAGUCGGGUUUCAUCUGCAACACGAAGCAGCCCGGCUGCGAGAACGUGUGCUAUGACCGCGCCUUCCCCAUCUCCCACAUCCGCUUCUGGGUCAUGCAGAUUAUUUUCGUCUCCACGCCAACCCUGAUGUACCUGGGACACGUUCUACUCAUCGUUCACCGGGAAAACAAGCUGAGGAUUCAUUUACAAAACCAUGAGCAGACUCUAAAGCUGCCAAAGUACUCAGAUGACCACGGAAAAGUGAAGAUCAAGGGAGACCUGUUGGGCAGCUACAUGGUGAACCUGGUCUUCAAGAUCCUGUUUGAGACGGCCUUCAUUGUGGGCCAGUAUUACCUCUAUGGCUUCGUGCUGGAACCCAUGUUUGUUUGCUCCAGAUCUCCAUGCCCAUUCCACGUUGAAUGCUACUUGUCCCGGCCGACAGAAAAGACCAUCUUCAUCAUCUUCAUGCUAGUGAUCUCUUGUGUGUCUCUGCUGUUGAAUGUAAUGGAGAUAUUUUACUUAAUCUGCUCAAAGCUGAAGGAUUCGUCUAGAAAAAAGCAGAAAUACACGGCCACUUUGCACACUGCACUGUCCGGAGACAGUCGCCAGAGUACUUUGUCCAGCAAAGUAUAUCUGAAAAAUGAGGACGGACAGACUUGCCCUCACAGCAUAGCAUAAGACCAAGCACGCCAAUCUCAGGACAUGGGACAUGCUGUGACUCUCGAUGUUAAAUUGGCCCACAUGCGUUAUGAUGGAUCCAGCAAACUUUUUCUCAAUAGGACAAAUCAAUAUUUGCAUGUAUUUUGUCUCAAAGUCAGAAAUUGAUUUUUAUUUAUUCAUGUUUGUCAGAAAUAUUUCCAAAUAAAAACAUGUAAUUUAGUCUA